CGAUCUCGGGCCAUCCGCGACGCAAUCAUCAAUUGCGUGAAUACUAUAAAAACCAGCUUCAACUGAGCAGUUCCCCUCACAAAAUGAGCAUUGACGGUGACGGUGAUAUUCGCAUUGACACCCGCGGCGAGCCGCCUCGCUCUCGCUCUCCUUCUCCGGAUCGUAGGCCAAGAGACAGGUCAUCUGCUUCUCCCGUUCGUCGGGGGGGCAGCGAUAGGGGUCGCCCUGACUCGGCUGAAGCAAGCCGCAAUCCUGGAAACAAUUUGUUUGUAACUGGACUUGGUCAAAGGACACGCGAAACCGACCUUGAAAGGGCCUUUGGCAAAUUUGGAGAGAUUGAACGAUGCCAGAUAAUGUACGAUCCACACACUCGUGACUCGCGCGGGUUUGCCUUUGUGUCAUUUGUCAGGUUGGAAGAUGCAGACAGAGCUGUAGAAGAGAGUGGUAAGCUGGAUGUUGACGGAAGAAUCGUAACCGUCGAAAGGGCCAAAAGGAGUCGUGCUCGAACUCCCACGCCGGGCCGCUACUAUGGCCCACCCAAGCGUGAAGACAGGGACCGUCGUGACCGAGAUUCUUAUGAUCGUCGCGACCGGCACGAUCGGUAUGCUCCGCGAGACCGUUAUGACGAUCGCAGGGACCGCGGGUCUCGGGAUGAUCGGAGGGACCGGUAUGAUGAUCGGGACCGCCGCGACCGUGACCGUGACCGUGACUAUGACAGGAGGAGGCGAUAAACUCACUUGAAUUGAAAUCAACGAUAAUUUAUCAGCCCCGAGUCAGUUUUGGUGGCUGCUCCUGUAUUUACUUCUCGGUAGCAGCAUGUGGUGGAGCUAGGGGAGCAGUAAUCUGUUAAACGGGAGAAAAAAACAACAAUUCUAAUCCGCGUCGACCAUUCGUUACACCAUUCGUCUCAGCGCCGGAACAAGCCAAUAUUUCAGCUCACAAAGUCUCUUCUAAUUACAAUGACCAAUAACUUACCUCCUCCGAAGCGACAUGUGCGCCAGUAAUAUCAGUACGGCAAGGUGAUAACUUAUUAAUUUUAUUUACUUUGGAUUAUUACUUGUUGAGUUGUUAAUAUGGAAAGAACUUGCUUAAAAUCUCACUGUCUUCAAUGAAAGACUUUAAAUUUAAC